AUUGUAUUAAAAAAUUACUACCAGAUUAAUGUAUAUUUUCAGGAGAAGAAGAAGAAGAAGCAGCAAAAAAGCAAGUUAGAUAAAGUGUUAGAGAAAGCAGCAAUGGGAGACAAAACAGUGAUAAUAACAGCUCUAAAUGCAGCAUGGACAGAGCCAAACUCCAUAUUUGAUAUUUUCUUGAAAAGCUUUAGAGUUGGAAACCAAACAAAACCACUUUUGAAACAUGUAUUAGUUGCAGCUUUGGACCAAACUGCAUGUACUCGUUGCUUGGAGAAACAACUUCAUUGCUAUGCACUCACUACAAAAGGUGUUGAUUUCUCCGGUGAGGCUCUUUAUAUGAGUGAGGAUUAUUUCAAGAUUACAUGGAGGAAAAUUUAUUUUCAGUGUAUUGUUCUUGAGAUGGGAUAUAACUUCAUUUUCACGGAUGCUGAUAUAUUGUGGUUUCGACAACCUUUUGUACAUUUUUAUCCGGAUGCCGAUUUCCAAAUUUCAUGCGACCAUUACUCGUACGACUAUAUGAACUGGAACAAUUCACCAAAUUCCGGUUUUCACUAUGUCAAAUCAAAUCAACGUACCGUCCAAUUUUACAAAUUCUGGUACAAUGCAAGAGAGGCUCAUCCAGGAAAACACGAUCAAGACGUGCUCAACAUGAUCAAAUUCAACCCAUUCAUCAAAGAUAUUGGACUGAAAAUAAGAUUUUUGGACACUGCUCUAUUUGGGGGAUUUUGUGAGCCAAGUAAAGAUCUCAAUCUUGUUUGCACAAUGCAUGUAAAUUGUUGUAUUGGAAUUGAUAAUAAAAUGCAUGACUUAACAAUGGCGCUAGAUGAUUGGGAAAAGUAUAUGGCUUUGCCUGGUGAUGAAAGGGUGUCAAAGCCACAAACUUGGACUGUCCCAAGAAUCUGUGGUUAAAUUGAGUUAUUAAAAGAACAAUCUAUCUUCUUCUAUUUUUCUUGGUCCGUGUAAGUGUACAAUCCUUCAUGUAACUUUUUUUCUUAGUCUUUUUUAUUUAUAUUGGUAUUUUCUCAGUCUGUUCUUUUUCUUUUUAUUUCCUUUUGAGUAUUUUCUCUUAUUAUAAUAUAUUAUUAACUAAUAUUCAUUUACCGUGUAAAAAAAGUUUACACUAUCAGAUCAUUUAUGUUUGUUACAGCAGGUAACUUGCCUUAUGUUCAAGAUUACCAAUCUCACUUUUUAUGAAGGGUAUCUUCUAG